AUGAUCCAGGAAGGACAGUCUUAUGAAUCGUUUCUGACAACAGAUCUUAUGAACUUGAGCCAAAUAGAUUUUAUUUCUAAGUAUGUCGCUGAAAUAGACAGUUUAUCGAAGAAGGAAUUAUUUGGUGGCUAUGAUAUGCAAACACAGGGUAAAAGUCCAACUGACAUUCAGCAUGUUCAGCAUACAUUUGUAAAUGCUUUUCUUGGGAAAAGAACAGAUAUAAUCAAACAAAUACUAAGCAGCAACGAACAUUUUGCAUUAUCUAAACAACAAUUCACAGCAUUAUGUCAGGAGGUAGUGAAGUCACCAAUAAGCACACCAGCAGGCAAUGACAAGAACGGAUUUAAAUUACUUGAGAAUGUUCACCCAGAUGCGGUUUCAUAUUUGGCAAAUGGCAAAGGAAAAGGUUUUAAAGACACACAAGAUGCCAUAAGGAGCAUAUCAAAUAAACUCAUUCAAGGACUCUGUUUUUCAAAACUUGGAUUGGUAACUUGCUGCAGAAAGUCCAAGAAGUCUGAUGAAGAGGCACUGGUGCACUUACCGGAGAAAAUUCCUGUCAUUGAGUCGCUGAGAGUUGCUAUUAUGGGUAACGAUGUUCAACUAGCAGCUGAAUUGUGGAGCAACAGUGAUAAUCCAAUGCUUACAGCUCUUGUCUCAAACGUUUACCUCUCUGCUAUGGCAGAUAAAGCAGAACAGCUGUUUGAGGAAACACUUCAAGCUGAUAUUUUAUCACAUUCUAGAAAAUUUACCUCGCGUGCUGUAAAACUUUUAGACAAAUUGUUUAUUCACAAGGAAACAAUGGCUACUAAAGCUCUUGACUAUGUUUCCGAAGUGUGGGAUCAUAAAGAAAGUCCUUUACAUUUCGGACAUCAAUUCAACAUGGAAGAAUUUAUAUCUCAUCCAUCUGCGCAGAAAGAUGCCAGCAAACGGAUGUACCCUUACGUCAACGAGGAAGACACUACAGUUACUAUGAACAAACCAACAGAUGGAAGUACUUCAAAGAAUGUGAAAAGUCGGGAAUGUUUGCCAUAUAUAAAGGACCAUCUUCACCUAGAUUCAGCAUGGACAUUAAUAAAAGCACCUGUUACAAAGCUUUCUUUCCACGUCAUAUUUUUUGUUACGGCUUUAGUUAUGUUCAGCUUUUUUCUCACCCGUGACUUAAAAACCGAGAUUUCGAUAUUAGAAGGGAUGAUAUUCUUUUAUAUGUGUGGCGAUUUAUUGGAGGAGCUAUGGAGUAUGAUUCGACCUGAAGAUUGUUCCUGGUCUUUUCAAAGAGUAUUGCUGCAUUUGUUUGAUAUGUGGAACAUUUUGGAUUUUGUAUGCUUCAUUUUAUACAUCGUCGGCUUUGGAUUACACUAUUAUUAUCCUGAUUUGCUUUUGCAUACUAGACGAAUCUACAGCGUGGCUUUGUUCAUAAUGUUUCUACGCUUGUUAAACUUAUUACUUUUGAUCAAACGAUUUGGUAUUAUCAUUAUAAUGAUCAAAGAAAUGCUUGUGGAUCUCGGUGAAUAUUUAGUGAUUCUUAUCAUACUGAUGUUCGCCUCUGGUAUAGUUUACCACGCAAAUAUUUACCCAAAUCACACAGUUACAGCGUUUCCAAGAGACAUACAGAACUGGCAAAUUUGGUCAAUCCUAAAAAUACCUUACUGGCAGGUCUACGGAGAGUUGUAUUUGGAUGUUCUAGAAGCUUCAGAUGAUACUGGAUGCACAACUAAUAGUACAUUAUGGAUGAACGAUCCGUCCUUAAACAGAUGCCCGACAUCUGACUGGCUUCCCCCAGUAAUCGCUGCUACUUAUAUGAUGUUAACGAACUGGUUGCUGCUGAAUAUAGUUAUCGCAAUGUUUAGUGCACGAUUUGAUUUGAUAAAGACAAAAUCCAGUCAGAAAUGGCGUUACCAUCGACACUCAGUUGUGAUUGAAUACGAACAUAAGAUACCUUCCCCUCUGAACAUUCCGUUUCGAGUUCUCAUUAUUCUCUUUUAUGUUAUGUGUUAUCUUCCUUUCUACUUAUGCAAUGAGUAUUCAGAGGAAACCAUUCGAGGUCAUGAUAUUGAUGAAAUGCUACAGCGGCAGCGAGAAUUUGCUCGAGUCAUUAUAGAGGAAGAAAAGGACGAUGGACUCAUUUAGUAACAUGUAGAAUAAGAAUUUUCGAAAAGGGUUUCUUUGUCUUAGUUGUUCAUUUGUUGAAUUGAACAGUAUUAGUAUUUAUUUUACAUUAUACUCCGCUUUUUUACGUGUUGAUAAGUUGUUAGAUUGUGUUAUUAUUGCAUCUACAUUUGGUUAACAAUUUUCAGGGGACAUCAGUAUAAUAAAGAUUCAACCUAUAUUGAAAAACUCUGAGCGAAUGCAAUUUAAGACUCUUAGGGUGAAAAUAAUUUUUGAAGGAGGGGGAGGCGGUCUAUUUAAAAAAAAUCAUACAUUAAUGUAUAUGUUUGGGAUAAGUUGUAUGCUCGAGUAUUAAAUAAAAGAAGAACCUACAAUAUCUUAAAAUGUAUAUACUUAUUCACGAUGUUGGUAUACAAAAUUCAUUAUUCUUAGCAGGUAGACAACAGAAUUCAACGUAACAAAAGCUUCGAAUAUUCUGUUACAAGGAUAUUUCGCUUUUAAAAAAAUGCAUACUGCAUACAUUAGGGAAAAAAACAGGGAAAAGUAAAUGUUUGUAAAUGAAAAUGCUUACAUUCCAGGAAAGAAAGAAAAAAUCUUUUUAUAACGAUCUAAAGGUUUAUGUAAAUGUUCCCAUAUUUUUCAAUGUCCAACGAAUGAAUCUUUGUAAGAGCGAUUGUACCAUUUUAUCAUUAUUCAAAUACGUUUAAUUAGAUCAUUUUAAAGUGAAAUCGUUUUAAUUUCAUUUCUAACUCCUUAUAACAUUAGUGUUUUAUACCUUUUUAUAGAUUACUAUGAUAUAUUUAUCCUUAAUGACAUGCAUAGUUUAUUUGGCUUUUUAUACUAUUUUGAUUUGAGCGUCACUGAUGAGUCUUAUGUAGACGAAACGCGCGUCUGGCGUAUAAAAUUAUAAUCCUGGUACAUUUGAUAACUAAUU